AUGUAUAGUCCUAAUCAUGACACAUUCAACUCUCUCAUGAAACAAUUAGAGUUAUAUCGAUUUGAUGAACCUACUUUGCCAUAAUGGCCAUUGUCUAGUAUAAAAUAGCCUAUAUUAUCUCCUUAUUUCGAAAAUGCAUUAGAAAUUUAGAGUUCAAAUUUUGAAUUCGUGAAGAAAUAAAAUGGUCGUGUAAGUUUCAAGAUUACAUUACCUGCAAAUACAUCCUUAUUUUUCGAACUCAAACACAAUUUCCAAGUGAUCAUAGGAUUGGGGGAGGGAAAAGUAAUUUGUAAAACUGAACACAGCAUUAACGAAAUACCUUUAAAAUAACCUUGCAAUAUCAUUAAACCAUUUGAAUUAAUUAAUUAAGGAAUAAAAGAGUGUAAAGUUGGAAUACAAGUUAGUUGA